UUAAAUUAUCACGUAUAGUUUUGUCUCUGUAUUGUUGACCAGGCAGAGUGAGGGCUUAGUCUUAACCUGGGGUCAACUUGAUCAGUCUGAGGUCACAGACCUGGUAAGUGGAGGCCUACUGCUGCUGUCGUUAUGUCGGACUCAGUCUGACAGUUUGAGUCUGCUGCUUCGCUUUGACAUGGACUGGCUGCUUGAGUGCUGCAAUUGGAAACACCCAUGGAAAAUGUUGCACUUUGUCCGAUUGAAUUCUUAACGACAGUUGAAAUCUGUAAUUGGCCAUGAAUCCUAACAUGUUUUACCCAAGUCAUACUUUACUCCUUUGUCAUUUUCUAUGGGUGUAUCUCUAGGAGUUGUAUGUCAGAGUCAGUUCACCUGUAAGUUAAAAUAUACCAAGAAAAUCUACACUGUUGUGAUUAAGUUUGAUAAGAUCCUGAAUUGGCCCUGUGGAUUUGGUUUUGUCCAACCACAGCCACAGUGGACUGACUCAGUUUGCUUUGUGUGUGCUUGUCUAAAGACUCACUUGGCGCUAUGCACAACCUGGCUCAGCCCUGCUUCUCUCUUUGUCCCCCCCUCCUUCUCGCUCUCUUUGCUACUAUUAUCUGCCCCCCACUCCCCACUCUCCACUCUCUCGCCCUGCCUUCCCCCCUCCAUUUUCUACUGUAUGAUUUGCAGGUAUAUUUCACCACGUGCUUCCAACAAUGUCCUCCCAUCAGUUUGGGGCAGCGCUGCCCGCUUCUGGAGGCCUCAGCUCUCUGCUCAGUCUCUCCUCCUCUUCCUCUACCUCCUCCCAAACCCAGCAGCACACCUCCCCCCAGCCGCCCUCUACACGCCUGACAUCCGUGUCUUCACCUCUCCCGCUCUCACAGGCUCAGCACGGCCGCACUCAGUCAGUGCUGCACAGCCCCUCUCCUCCCACGCUGUCCCUGCCCCCUCCACCGCCUCUGCACAGCGUCCCCUCCUCCUCAGCACCCAUGCACUCUGAUGCCCCACCAUCGUCCCGGUCAGACCCCCUCUACUCCUCCCGUCCAUCCCAUUCUUCUCUCCAUCACCAGAGAGCACAGUCAUCCCUCUCUCACUCCAUCUCCUCCUCCACCUCUGCUUCUGUCUCUGCUGCCGCCGCCGCUGCCUCCCUCUCCUCUUCCUCCCUGUCCACCUCCUCCUCGUCUCGUCCAUUCACAGUGCACUACUCCCCCCGGCUGCCCCCUCCACCGCCGGCCACAAGCUCAGGUGGUGGCGGGAGCAUGUGGAGGACUCAGGGCAUGCAUGGAAACUACAUCACCUCCCAGCUCCCCGGCUCCCGACCUAGAUAGGGUUUUGGGGAGGGAAGGGGAGGUGGGAGAAUGCAGAGGGGGGAGGGAAAGGGGCAAUCAGAAGGUGGAGAGAGGCAGAGAAAGAGAGAGACUGGUAGGGAUUGAGAGACAGGAUACCUGUUUUUCCUGUGAUCCUACAAGCUGUUGUUCUGAUUGAACAAGGUAAGACAGAUCUAAGGUUUAAAAAAUGUGUUGAACAAUCAAAGAACAAAAGUUGGUAAAACACAAAUGAAAUAUGAUAGUUCAAAUUAAAAUGAACAAGUUAUAUUAACCCAAUUUAUUAUUAUGAACAAAUUAGGGAUGCCAAGAUGGAGAACUUCACCCAGUGGAUAAUAAACUUGUGUUGGAUCAGUUUCAUAAUGACAUAAAAGGACUUUUAGAAGUUUUGAAGCUCUCAUUGUGAAGAAUGAGCUCUGCCCCGCUUGCUCGUUUUAAUUAUCAUUUAACUCAAAAUGCUGAUCAUCCAUGAUGAUAAACUCUCCUCAUCAUUCGAUAAGACUCUGUCUAACUCCAGUAUCAGACUCGAUAUUGAUCAUUUGUGACGUUAGAGCCACCACUGAUACAAAUAAAUGAGCCAAAGUCUUGUGUCUAUAAAAAGAAAAUAAACUGUGUACAACUGACUACCACGGCAACUCUAGAACAAAUUAAAAUACAUUUUUCUAACACUGUUUUUAUGUGUGUGCUGGGUGGUACAUUAGGAUUUUGACAGUGUCAUGAUUUGGUUCUGUUUUAACUCAUUUGUUUUUUUACUUUGCUCCACCAGGUAACUGAUGAAAACUACCUCAACAAAAAAUGAACUAUGCAAAUGUCCAGGUGCGGACCAAGGCACUCUCCUCACUCACUGGUGCUUCAAAAUAUCUGCACUACCCAGCAGCCUGCAAGACCGGCCUCUUUAGUGGGAUCUCUGAUACACAUUCUCACACACAAACACACACACUAACCAGCACCACCACUAUGGUUAGCUUGAGCAGAAUUCAUUGGUACUGUCAUGUAAAUGUGAGUGUUGUUCGCAGAUUAUGGUGAUUUGAGCUCAGUACUGGCUGCUGCCCAGCACUGACUGACCUGAAUGAUUCUGUUGUCUAACCUUAAAGCCCUCAACAUUAUGAUAGGUUGUCAUUUAUUUGUCCAAGUCACGACUAUAGCAACUAGUGUUCGGCUAAAGAAUCAGUUCUGAUUGAUUUUAUCAACCGAUAAAAGCACACAGUCCAACUUUCUAGAGCUGAAUCUCCUCUGGUGUCAUCCUCUGUCCAAAUUUCAAUUUGUGUGUGUGCACACAUUAAAACAAACACACACAGGCCAGUUCAAUGAACUCUGUUCACAUGUCAUGCAGCCUUUCCUCUCUGCAUGCAUGCUCUAUUGCUUGUUUUCUUCCUUCAGUAAAAUUCAGUGUUUGUUGAAGCAUAUUUGAUGAACUGAGGAACUUUAUAUUUCGGUCUAACUUCACACUGGAUAGUAAGAUAGUUACUCGUGUAGCAAAAACACUCUGGCUGGAUUAUUGACCCCCCAUAAACUCUGGUUAUGUGAAUGAUUUUCUCUAUUUUUUUCUUUAUUCACUUUAAGGUCGGCCAAACCAUUUAAUUCACAUUGUUAGUAAUGGAAACUGUUUCAGUGUUUUAUCUUCUAAUAUCAGAUAUUUAACAUAUCAAUGAAAGUUUCUCUGGUGACAACAAUCAGGUGCAUUUCACAUUCUCUAACGGACACAUGAAGAGUUUGAGGGAACAUCUGUGUGUAAAUUAACCUUUCACAGAAAAUGAUCUGACGUCAAACUCACUUUGAACAUUUGGUGAAUCAUUUCCAGGGGUGAUAAUAACACUGAGUCGGACUCAUUAGCACAGUAUAUUUUAAUGCUUUUUUAAAUAAGACCAAUGGAAUUUGAUUUAAUGAGAUGGUGCUCUGUGUUUUUUGUGUAUUGUCAGCCACACUUAUGGAAUCCCAGGUCAGGGGUGUGUGGCUGCAAGUAAAACUGAAUCCAGGUGUAAAAGAUAAAAUAGUAAAACCAUAGACAAUUGAACUUAUUGUAUUGUGAAUAUUUCCUCCUCUGGUCAGUUUGAUAAGUCACACUAAUCUGUGGAGCCACAGCAGGAAUUUUUUAACUUUUCUCAUCCUAAACUUAUUCAUAUUUAUCUCUGCUGUCGCAGGUUUAAGCAAAAUGUUGGUUUAUACAUUUCACAACACACAAAAGACAGAUACACACUCGCGCAAGCAAAUCCUCACACACUGGGAAACACAUAACCACAACGAACUACUGGACUCUUUUCACACCUUUUUGUUUGUUUUUUAUUGUGUAAUUUGUUAUUUUUGUAAACAAUGUUUGUACUGUGAACGUGAUUCAUGCUCCAACUGUAUAGUUGUGUAUAAUUUAGAUGAUUAUAUUUAUGCCAUCAGUCUUUUCUUUUGCCUUGGUAUUUGUUUUUCUCUUUAUUUUUUCUUUAAUCCUGAAUUGUGUCGACAGUGUAGAAUGCAAUAGUGUGUGUACUUGACUCAGUCUGAAAACCAUGGUGCUAAAUUUGGACUGUGCCUGAUUUUAUUUAUUUUCUAUUAAUGAAAACAUAAAAACAAUUCGAACACUUGGUGCUGUACACAGGGACGUUUAUAAAAGCCUUUUUUUUAGGCAUUUCCUUUUCUCCUAUUUAAUGUGCUUUUGUUUAAUAACGCCUUGUGUACAAGUGUAGACGCCAUCUUGAGAUGGAUACUGUGUAAACAGGGGCCUCUCUUCAUGUUACUCACACAGCUGUUUUAACAUGUGUCCGGCCAAUUUCUCAAUAGUAAGUCACAUAGCUGUAGGUUAACAAGACACACUGAUUUUGUACAUACGUUUUUUUUUUUUUUUUUAUCCCCUUGUAUGUCUCCAGCAUAAAACAGAAAGCUAUAUAAGAUAAGUCUCUAUAUACAGUCUAUGUGUAUAAAUGAGUAAAUAUAUAUAUAAGUGAAUAGGGGUAUUUUGGUGCUGGCAUUGCAACCCCUUAAAUAUAACCUGUUAAACAGGAGGCUUGAAGCCGGGGAAGAGCGAAGCUUUGCCAUCGCACGACCUUAAUGGAGGGCGUCUUAAAAACACACGCCACAGAACUAGAAACUCACAAACUGUGUAAUCAACACACAAAGGUGCUGUGACUGGAACAUAACUAGAUUCCAGCUCUAGAACUGUUAUCUUGAUUUUUACCAGAAGUUUUCAUGUCCGUUUCUUUUUAUUUCCUUUUUUAUAUAUAUAUAUAUAUAUACCAACCCAGAUUCUGCAGGAAAAAUGGUGCUUCUGUUUCCAGACAAUGAAAUCUUUACUGGUGCUUAAAGUGAAUGUCUUACUGACAAGGCCCUCCCAUAUAGUGUAAGCAUACUGUGAGACAUGCUGAUGUAAAGCACUUGUGUUAGCGUGUGUGUGAGCAGCAAAGCUUCUUUUUCUGAUAGUGGGAUACACUUACGCUCAUUGUGUGUGGUUUUAUGUUCCCACUUGAUGGUGCAUAUCUAAGGGAGCUUAGACUAAUAAUAAUCAAAGCUUUAUAGUAAACUCCUGUCCUGUGCACUCACUGCGUGAACACGAGCGUGUUUUCAGAGAGACGUUUUAGAACAUAACUAGAGACAAUAGAGUCCGUUUGUUACCAGCACUGAGAACUCCUUUGUAAUUAUUGUCUGACGCUAUGAUUUUUCUUAUUCUUGAUGUUUGAUACGAUUACAAUUACAUCUUCUGCUUCUAGCUGUGUCUUCAGAUUCCUGUCGGUUUUUUAAUACUACUUGUCAGAACAGACAGCACGGUGCUCUCCUUCACUUAAAACGAGGAAACUGCAGCUAUUCAUACGAAAACAUUGCUUGUCCCCUGUUGUGCUGCAGGGUUUCAUGGGUAACGAUAGUCAACACGAGCUCGCCUUGCGGCUUUCUGGAUAAUACAGUCUAACCUAGAGACGUUUCUCUCACGUCGAGUGGGGGGGGGUUGUGAUGUGUGUGACGGUGAGAAUAGUUCAUGGACACACUUAUUUUACACCGAUUUGAACCCGCCUCUUGUAUAAUCACUGAAAGGGGUGAGGUGCUGUGAUCAAAGUCCUUUGGUGCAUGAGCAUGAUUGGACCUUAAAGCCUCGAUGCAGUUCUCCAGCUUCAUCCCCGUCCUGGGACAUGAACGCACGAUAACCUGUGAGAGCCGAGGCUGUUUACUCUAAAUCCUGCCAAAGGUCUGAAACUCAGGAACUUCCCAGGAUGCUUUUAAUGAUUCAAAAGAUUUAAACUACAGCACGCCACAAGCUUAUUCACCAUCUCGUGGCGUGAUUAAGUCCCUCAGUACUCUUCCCCCAAACUCAGGACCAGGACAAGAUCCUCAUUAAGUGUAUGUGGGGGUAACAAUUUAGUCAGGUCUCCUCAGAUUUAUUCUCACUGUCACAGACGUGCAGCCUCUCCGGUGAAACGCAGCUUUAAUUGGCUUUACACGAGUCGUUCGGAUCUGGAGAAGCUGUGACACGGCCACAACUGUCAGCAUCUUCCUCAUCUCACAAAGCCUCUGUCUGAUAUGUGUCUCUAAAGAAGGAGGUUCACCGUCCUCUGUUGAGUUGAACCGAUGUUAAAAGAGCCGAGCGUGAACCGCAGUCUGUGCAUCGUGAUCUCUGAUUGGUGAAGCCAGGGCAGGUUUGAGGUGCAAUAACGGCAAACCUAUUUCCCAAAAGGCCCCGGGUUUUCAUGGAAAACUUGUUACUGUUCGAUGUCGGUGCUUUUAUCCUAAGAUGUUAUAAUGAAACAAAUGGAAUUAAUGGGUUUUUUUCUGCGUUUUAUGAUUAUUAAUAAAAAUGUUUCCUAUAAUAUUUGAAUUCA